AUGCAGUAUGUAAAUGCAUAUAAGGAACUGAAAUGGAGGCAAACAGAGCCAAGGUCAAAGAUUUCAGCAAUACCAAUACCUACAAGGACAGAGGAAAAAUUGGGAACCAUAGACCCAAAAGUGAUAAACCUGUCAAGUAGGCCAUUAAACGCGGCUGAAAUAAAAUUACUGUCAAAAGGAUUAAAAUUUACACCAACACCAAGUGACUCUAAUCUUCAGGAAUUAUCUAAGGAUAUCAAGGAAUAUACAAGAAAAUUAAGACUAGCAGAGUAUUUUCAUAAUGAUGACGAAGACGAAAACACGUCUGAAGGUGAUCUUGUUAGGAACAAAUCAAAUUUUAAUCCAAAGAAAGGAAGGAACAGUCUCCUUGACACCGUUUGUAAUACUCUGCAAAAUAUACCUCUAAAUAAUGAAAAAAAUAACACAAGAAAUAAUUUACGAAAAGAAGAGGAAAAGGCUGUUCAAUCAUUGACAAACGACAGUUCAAUCGUAAUCAAAGAAGCAGACAAGGGUGGAGCAGUAGUAGUUAUGAAUGCAGAAUUUUACAAAACAAAAAUAUUACAAAUGCUCAUUAACAGCGAGUUUUACGAUGAAAUAUCAGAGAACAGUGAUAAAAAGACAAUGCGAAAAAUUAAAAACUUAAUAAAAAACCACAAUACAACUUCCUUUUUAACAGCCAAAGAAGAGGACUUUUUGACUAAUUUUGAUUUUAGAGAAAGUGCCUUUUAUGGACUUCCUAAGAUACACAAAUCUAAAAUAAUUAAGGAAGCGAUCAAAAUACAAAACUCUGCAUACAUUACAUGUAGCGAUCCAGAGGAUCUUACAUUUAGACCUAUCGUGGGUGGACCAAAAGCUCCAACACAAAGGCUGAGUCAUCUUAUGGACAUAUUACUGAAACCUUUAUGUUUAGAAGUAAAAAGUUAUGUUCGGGAUGAUCUAGAUUUCCUGAAACAUCUUCCUGAAAAAGUUAGUCAUGAUGCCAAGCUAGUCACAAUGGAUGUUACUAAUUUGUACACUAAUAUUACUACUUCUCUUGGUGUCAAGGCGCUCGAGUACUGGAUUGAUAAAUAUCCACAAAAAAUUAAUGAGCGUUUCAGCAAAGACUUCAUCUUAGAGGCUAGUAAAAUAGUAUUGGAAAAUAAUACUUUCUCUUUUAACGACAAACAUUAUGCACAAAAGAAAGGAACGGCAAUGGGUACAAAGAUGGCCCCUACUUAUGCCACCCUUACACUAGGAUAUCUAGAGGAGAGGAUGUAUGAAAAAACUACUCAGUACUUUGACCAACAGACUUCAGAAAAUAUAAAGAACAAUUGGAAAAGAUACCUUGACGAUUGUUUUAUCAUUUGGAAUGACAGCGAUGCGAAUCUAGCAGUUUACCUAAAUAUUAUAAACGAUCUAGAUCCUGACAUCAACUUCACAAUGGACGAAAGUUUACAAAGCAUUCCGUUUUUGGACGUCCUUAUAGCAAAGCAUGGAGAAUAUGAGAAAGAGAUUAAAAAGACAUUCCCAAAAAUACCAGACAGUAUAAGAUGA